AUGAACCGCACCAUCAUCCUCCGCAUGGAUUACUUGCACUUUAUCAAAAAGUACCAGAGAUACGAAAAGAGACACUCGAACAUUGCCGCGCACAUUUCCCCGGCGUUUCGAUGCAAGGAAGGCGACAAGGUUGUCGUCGGCCAGUGCAGACCGUUGUCCAAGACUGUUCGUUUCAACGUCUUGAAAGUCAUCCCGGCUGGGGCCUCUUCCGGGAAAGGUUUCGUCGCGAACUAA